AUGGCGGAGCCCUCGCCCGCCCGACGCCCGGUGCCCCUCAUCGAGUCGGAGCUGUACUUUCUCAUCGCCCGGUACCUAUCGGCCGGCCCGUGUCGGAGAGCCGCCCAGGUGCUGGUGCAGGAGCUGGAGCAGUACCAGUUGCUGCCGAAGAGGUUGGACUGGGAGGGCAACGAGCACAACAGGAGCUACGAGGAAUUGGUCUUGUCCAAUAAGCAUGUGGCUCCUGAUCAUCUGUUGCAAAUCUGCCAGCGCAUUGGUCCCAUGUUGGAUAAAGAAAUUCCACCCAGUAUUUCAAGAGUCACUUCUUUACUUGGUGCAGGAAGGCAGUCUUUGCUACGUACAGCAAAAGACUGCAGGCACACAGUUUGGAAGGGCUCUGCCUUUGCUGCUCUUCACAGAGGAAGACCUCCAGAAAUGCCAGUGAACUAUGGUUCCCCACCCAGUCUUGUGGAGAUACAUCGAGGAAAACAACUCACAGGGUGUUCCACUUUUAGCACAGCAUUUCCAGGAACUAUGUAUCAGCAUAUAAAAAUGCACAGAAGGAUUCUUGGACAUCUGUCUGCUGUUUACUGUGUAGCAUUUGAUAGGACAGGACAUAGAAUCUUUACCGGUUCAGAUGAUUGUUUGGUGAAGAUUUGGUCAACACACAAUGGCCGCCUGUUAUCAACAUUAAGAGGUCAUUCUGCAGAAAUUUCAGAUAUGGCAGUAAACUAUGAGAAUACAAUGAUUGCUGCAGGGAGCUGUGAUAAGAUAAUUAGAGUGUGGUGCUUGAGAACUUGUGCCCCAGUUGCUGUGCUCCAAGGACACACGGGGUCAAUCACAUCUUUACAGUUUAGCCCAAUGGCCAAAGGCUCCCAAAGAUACAUGGUCUCUACUGGUGCUGACGGAACAGUUUGUUUCUGGCAGUGGGAUUUAGAGUCCCUGAAAUUCAGUCCACGUCCCCUGAAGUUCACGGAAAAGCCUAGACCAGGUGUUCAGAUGCUUUGUUCUUCUUUUAGUGUUGGUGGUAUGUUUUUAGCCACAGGUAGUACUGAUCAUGUAAUCAGAAUGUAUUUUUUGGGUUUUGAAGCACCUGAAAAAAUCGCAGAACUUGAAAGCCACACAGAUAAAGUUGAUAGUAUCCAGUUUUGUAACAAUGGUGAUCGGUUCUUAAGUGGUAGCAGAGAUGGAACGGCACGGAUUUGGAGAUUUGAGCAGUUGGAGUGGAGAAGCAUUUUAUUGGAUAUGGCAACCCGAGUCUCAGGGGACUUAUCUUUGGAAGAGGAAAGGUUUAUGAAACCCAAAGUCACAAUGAUUGCUUGGAAUCAGAACGAUAGCAUUGUUGUCACAGCUGUGAACGAUCAUGUCCUUAAAGUGUGGAAUUCUUACACAGGGCAACUGCUUCAUAACUUACUGGGACAUGCUGAUGAAGUAUUUGUUUUGGAGACACAUCCCUUUGAUUCCAGAAUUAUGUUAUCUGCAGGACAUGAUGGCAGCAUAUUUAUAUGGGAUAUUACAAAAGGCACCAAGAUGAAACAUUAUUUUAAUAUGAUUGAAGGGCAAGGACAUGGAGCGGUCUUUGACUGUAAGUUUUCACAGGAUGGACAGCAUUUUGCCUGUACAGAUUCUCAUGGACACCUUCUGAUAUUCGGUUUUGGAUGCAGCAAGCCAUAUGAAAAGAUUCCUGAUCAGAUGUUCUUCCAUACUGACUAUCGACCACUGAUUAGGGAUUCUAAUAAUUAUGUCUUAGAUGAGCAAACUCAGCAAGCUCCUCACCUUAUGCCUCCACCAUUCUUGGUAGAUGUAGAUGGAAAUCCUCAUCCAACUAAGUAUCAGAGAUUAGUACCAGGUCGAGAAAAUUCUGCAGAUGAACAUUUGGUUCCACAGCUAGGCUAUGUGGCAACAAGUGAUGGAGAAGUGAUUGAACAAAUUAUAAGCCUACAAACCAACGAUAAUGGUGAACGAAGCCCAGAAUCCAGUGUUCUUGAUGGAAUGAUAAGACAGUUGCAGCAGCAGCAGGAUCAGAGAAUGGGAGCAGAUCAGGAUACUAUUCCAGGUGGACUUCCAAGUGGAGAAGAAACACCACGAAGAGGUUUUAGAAGACUGAGCUUAGACAUCCAGUCCCCUCCAAAUAUUGGUCUGCGUCGUAGCGGACAAGUAGAAGGUGUUCGUCAAAUGCAUCAGAAUGCUCCUCGUAGUCAGAUUGCUACAGAACGUGACCUGCAGGCUUGGAAACGAAGAGUGGUUGUACCAGAGGUACCACUAGGCAUAUUUAGGAAGUUGGAAGACUUCAGAAUAGAGAAAGGUGAAGAGGAAAGAAAUCUUUAUAUAAUAGGAAGGAAAAGGAAGACUCUCCAGCUCACACAAAAGUCUGACUCGGUGGUUUUGCUGUCACAGUCUAGGCAGAGGACAUGCAGGCGCAAAUACCCAAAUUAUGGUAGAAGAAAUCUUGGCCGGCUUGAGUUAUCUUCUGGAAAUGAAUCUUCAAGCUCUAUGAGACAUGAGACUUCCUGUGAUCAGAGUGAAGGCUCUUGUUCUUCUGAAGAAGAAGAGUGGAGGAGUGAUCGAAGAAGUGAGAGUGACAGCGAGAGUUCGAGUGACUCGUCAUCUCGAUAUUCUGAUUGGACCGCUGACGCAGGCAUCAACCUGCAGCCACCUCUACGGACGUCAUCACGUCGGCGAGUUACCCGUUUUUGCAGUAGUUCAGAGGAUGAAAUGUCUACUGAGAAUUUAUCUCCUCCAAAAAGGAGACGAAAGAGAAAGAAAGACAAUAAGCCUAAAAAAGAGAACUUGCGAAGGAUGACUCCGGUGGAGCUUGCAAAUAUGGAACAUUUAUAUGAAUUUCAUCCUCCAGUUUGGAUAACUGACACCACACUUCGAAAGUCUCCUUUUGUUCCUCAAAUGGGUGAUGAGGUAAUAUAUUUUCGACAGGGUCAUGAAGCUUAUAUUGAGGCUGUCAGAAGAAAUAAAAUAUAUGAACUGAACCCUAACAAGGAGCCAUGGAGAAAAAUGGAUCUCAGGGAUCAAGAAUUGGUCAAAAUAGUUGGAAUACGAUAUGAGGUUGGGCCCCCUACACUAUGUUGCCUCAAACUUGGAUUUGUAGAUCCUGCAACUGGAAGAUUAAUGGACAAAUCUUUCUCUAUUAGGUAUCAUGAUAUGCCAGAUGUUAUUGACUUUCUUGUAUUGCGUCAAUUUUAUGAUGAAGCAAGACAGAGGAAUUGGCAGUCUUGUGACAGGUUCCGAUCUAUCAUUGAUGAUGCUUGGUGGUUUGGGACAGUGCUAAGUCAAGAGCCAUAUCAGCCACAGUACCCUGAUAGUCAUUUCCAGUGCUACAUCGUUAGGUGGGACAAUACUGAAAUUGAAAAACUUAGCCCAUGGGACAUGGAACCAAUUCCUGAUAAUGUUGAUCCACCUGAAGAAUUAGGAGCUAGUAUUUCUGUCACUUCAGACGAGCUAGAGAAACUGCUGUACAAACCACAAGAUGGUGAAUGGGGUCAGAAAUCGAGAGAUGAAGAGUGUGAACGAAUUAUUAGUGGCAUAGAUCAACUUCUGAAUCUUGACAUAGCUGCAGCUUUUGCAGGUCCAGUUGAUCUGUGUACGUAUCCGAAGUACUGUACUGUGGUAGCUUAUCCAACGGAUCUGUACACAAUUCGAAUGAGACUCGUUAAUCGCUUUUACAGGAGGCUAUCUGCAUUAGUUUGGGAAGUCAGAUACAUAGAACAUAAUGCCAGGACAUUUAAUGAACCCGAGAGUGUAAUUGCAAGAUCAGCUAAGAAGAUAACUGACCAACUUUUAAAAUUUAUAAAGAAUCAAGACUGUACAAAUAUCUCAGAACUUUCUAACACUUCUGAAAAUGAUGAGCAAAAUGCCGAGGAUUUGGAUGAUAGUGAUCUUCCUAAAACAUCUUCUGGAAGGAGAGUCCAUGAUUGGAAAAAAAGGAGCAUCAAAGCGACCAACUAUGUUGAAAGUAACUGGAAGAAACAGUGUAAGGAACUAGUGAACUUAAUUUUUCAGUGUGAAGAUUCUGAACCAUUUAGACAACCUGUUGAUUUGGUUGAAUAUCCAGACUACCGAGAUAUUAUAGAUACUCCAAUGGAUUUUGGAACAGUAAGGGAAACUUUAGAAGCAGGAAAUUAUGACAGCCCUUUGGAAUUUUGCAAAGACAUCCGGUUGAUAUUUAGCAAUGCAAAAGCAUAUACACCAAACAAAAGAUCAAAGAUUUACAGUAUGACCUUGAGAUUGUCUGCCUUAUUUGAAGAAAAAAUGAAGAAAAUCUCCUCUGAUUUUAAAAUUGGUCAAAAGUUCAGUGAAAAACUUCGAAGAAGCCAGAGGUUCAAGAGACGGCAGAAUUGUAACCGUGUCAAUCAGCCUAACAAAAGUAUCAGAAAUAUCAAGCAGAAGCGGUUAAAGUCUCAGACAAAAGUCAUUCUUGAAUUGGUAGGUUCUCCUACCCAGUCUACCUCCAGUAGGGCCGCUUACUCUGCGAGCCAGAAGACAAGUGCUAGUGUUUCUUCAGGGGUGACGUCUGGUGACUCCUCAGACUCAGCGGGAUCGUCAGAAAGAAUGAGAAGUAGGCCUGUCACUCUACACAAUGGCUCUACGUUAUCUGAAAGUGAAAUGGAAGAUUCCUUAGGUACCUCUUCAUCAGCUUCAAAUAGUUCAGAGGAAAGCAAAGAGAGUUCAAGACCUCGUGAAUCUUCCUUACGUAGUGGGCUGGCCAGAAGCAGUAAUCUCAGGGUGACCAGAACCAGAGCUGCUCAAAGAAAAACUGGUCCAGUUUCUUUAGAGAAUGGAUGUGGCAGAAAAGCCACUCGAAAGAGAGUCUAUUUAAGUGACUCUGAUAACAAUUCAGUGGAGACCGGUGGUCUAAAAGCCAGGACUGGAAAUAACCGGAAAGUGCUGCGGAAGUGUGCUGCUGUGGCUGCCAAUAAGAUAAAGCUCAUGAGUGACGUAGAGGAGAACUCUAGCUCUGAAAGCGUCUGUUCUGGCCGUAAGCUGCCUCACCGUAAUGCUUCUGCUGUGGCUAGAAAAAAGUUACUACAUAAUUCUGAAGAUGAUCAUAGCUUAAAGUCCGAAAUUGAAGAAGAGGAGCUAAAAGAUCGAAAUCAGCCAUCACCACUGUCCAGUUCUCAUGCUGCCCAGAAUACUGUGAAUGAGUCUGAAAACGGGGAUUCAGAGUCAGAAAGUGAUUUGCGAGUAGCCCGCAAAAAUUGGCACGCCAAUGGUUAUAAGUCGCAUGCUCCAGCAACUUCUAAAACAAAAUUUCUGAAAAUAGAGUCUUCUGACGAAGACUCCAAAAGUCAUGAUUCAGACAAUGUACAUAACAGAACUGCUGGUCCAUCCACGUCUGGGCAGAAACUUAAGGCAGAGUGCGUCUCAGAGGAAGAGGAGGAAGCAGAUUCUGAACCAAGAAAGUAUGCCAGUAGGAAAUACAACACAGGUCGCAAGAAUCUUACUUUCCUUAAAAAAGCAAAGAUCUUCAGUGAUUCGGAGGAUUCCGAAUCUGAAGAGCAAGAUCAAGAAGAUGGCAGCUAUCACAGAAUGGAAACAAACCUGAUUAAAGGGGGUUCGAAGUGUGAACCAACUACUGGGUCCCAGUGUUUCUCAGAUCACGUAUCUGAGACCGAUUUGGAUUCAUAUGAUGACACUGCAAAAGAAAAACCAAACCAUUUUAGGAAAGAUUCUACAUCACAAGACCAUGGACAAAGCAGGAAAGUUUCCAGGAAAAGGGUCUGUUCCAGUGACUCAGACAGCAAUUCACAGGUGGUUAAGAAGUCCUCAAAAGCCAAAACGGGUCUCCUCAGGACUCCUCGAAGACGUGCAACCACCGCUGCCAGUAAGCUGAAGCUCACGAGUGAUGUGGAAGAUGUCAGUUUAGACAGCGCGUGCACCAGAAGCAAAAGUGGAAGGCAAAAGCCCCUCCGUUCUGCGUGUGCCCCAGCUAAGACAACGGCGAGUGAUUCCGAGGGAGACGUCAACUGUGAAGUGCCAAAUGAGCAGUGUGCUUGCCAGGGGAGGCCGCCCGCAGCCAGCUCAGAAGGCAGUGUGAAAAGCAUUCAUCCGUCUUUAAACGGAGACUCGGACUCUGAAGGGAUGCCCAGGCCCGCACCCAAGAGCAGGCACACCAGGAGUCACAGAACAAAUGUUGCACCUUCUAACACAAAGAAUUCCUCGGUUGGGUCUUCAGAGGAAGAGUCAAAAAGCCAUAUUCCAGGGGGUGAGAUGGGUCGAAAUUCUUCGGAAUCAGCUUUGGUGCAGAAAGCUACUGCAGAGAACGCCUUUGAGGAGGACCUGAAUUAUGGGCUGCGCAGGUGGAACGGCAGGAGGCUCAGGACCUACGGGAAGGCCCCGUUCAGCAAGACCAAAGUGCUGCGGGAGGCGCAGGGAGCGGCCGAGGCGGAGGUGAAGAGGAAGAGGCCGCAUCCUGAGCCCCAGCGCAGGCAGGUGGCUGAAAGCGGAGGCGCUUCCAAGCUGGGGGCCGACCCCGGCCCCAAAUCCGACUCCGAGUUGGCGUCUGUGACUGAAUCAGAUGUGGACUGUGCCGAUGACGCGAAAACCAAAAAGAGGAAAACGAGAGGAAAAGCAAAAGCGGUGAGAAAAGGUAAAGCUUGUGCAGCCGCCGCAUCUAGAGGCGCGAGGCGGCAGAGACAGAGCAAACGGCCUAGGCUAAGUGUGGACGAUAACGACUGGGAGGACUUGGACUAUGCAAAAUCGAAAAGAGGUCUUCGACGUUCGAAAAUAAAAACGAGAAAUCAGGGCAGAAGGACCGUGAGAUACCAUGAUGGGGAUGAUGACAGAAGCUUAGAAAAUGUGUUAGAUUUUGAUGAUUGCACCUUAUGACCUUGAGAGAAAGCCAGUUCAUUGAAAGAGGAAAUGGACUGGAAUUUAUGGUGAAAGUUGGCUGUUGAAAUUAUUUUUGUCCUACAAUUCAGGGAAUAUAUUUAUAUUUUUCUAUGAAAAGUUAUGAAUGUGACUAAAUCAUGACUGUUAUUUUUAUUUGCACUUGCUUGCCUUUGUAGCAGCGCUCAGCCCAGGUGCCAAAAUAUGCUUCAUUUUGGGGGCAGAUCUACUUUGACAGUAUUUAACUACAGAUAGCAAGAAUUUGAAAUCUGUUCAACACUAGACAUCCUGGUUAUCAAAACCGAUAAGCAUUACUCUCAUGGUAGCAAGUGUCGCGCAGUUACUUUCUGAGCGUGUCAGGAGGUGGUAGUUUCUAACCCCUGUCCUGUUGUAGUCGAACAGUUUCACGUGACCUAUGUUUACAGUUUCCUCAUAAAUAUUGUGUGCAUACUGACAUUACAAUCAUGGGAGGUGUAACCAUGAUCAGUAGGCGAGGUACCUACCACUUUCCCCCCCUCCCCCCUUUCCCUGGCUACUUGAGCAAAAUGCAUUAUACCAGAUUUGGUCAUUUUCAUUGAAAUGGUUUCUUUCCAAAUGCUGUUGGGUCUUUUCUCUC